ACUGUACAGCAGAGGGAGCCGCCCUGCCUCAAAAGGGUUAGACCCCAGUUAACCCAACCCCAGUUAAAACGCACACAGGGCUCUGGAAAGACCCAGACUGAAUUUACAGCUGCCCACACUGGAGACACACGUCGGCACUUUGGGUCAUGAAGAUGUUUUCGGUCAUCUUGGCAGUGAUUAUGGCGUAUAUCUGCAGGUGCUGUGCCGAAGUAAAAUCAGUGGAGCCUCCUGAAAACGUGACUGUCUCUGGCCUGGGGCUGCUUGGUCAGCUGGUCAUCCACUGGUCCCGGCCAACCAGCCUGCAGAAUGUGACGGACUGUGCUGUGCGCUACCAGCUGGAGUACUUCAGCACCUACAAGAAUGAAUGGAAGGGUUACAGGACUCCCUGGACGACUUUGCGAGCCCAGUUUGACCUUGAGCGGGAUGUGCAGGUGAAGCUGCGAACCAUGCUGAGGGGGAAGUGCACGAACGGCAUUGAGUCCACCAGUGCUGCCCUGGAGCUUGUCUGGCACCCAAAACUUACCGGUGUGGAGGGCAGCAGGGUGAAGAACUUCAGCUGUGUGUUUCACAUGAAGCAAUACAUGGAGUGCACCUGGGACAGAGGACCAGAAGAGCCUCAACACUCCCAGCGCUUCCUCUACUACUGGCAUAAUGGCUUGGAGGCUGUGGCGGAGUGCCCUCAGUACCUUCUGUCCAGUGGCGUUCGGACAGGCUGUCUAUUCCCUCGCGAGGCUGUGAAAGAGUUCACUGACUUCAAUGUGUGUGUGAACGGAUCAUCGCCUGUGGGGCCUCUCAGACCAGCCUAUUUCUCCCUGCAAGUCCAGAACCAUGUGAAGCCGGGGCUAGUGGAGGCCGUGUCCCUGGAGGCCCUUCAGCAGGAUGGGGAGCUGGUGCUGGGGUGGAAGCCUCCGGCAGGCCACAUCCCAUCCCACUGUCUGGAGUACGAGGUCAUGACAGAGCACACAAACCAGGACGGGAGGGAAUGGAGGAUGGUGAAUGUAACAGAGGAUACCUCACUAGUCUUACCUGCAAACCAGAGGAGCUGUGCUCGGGUGCGGUCCCAUGUGCACAGAUACUGUUCCGACCACAGCUUCUGGAGUAACUGGACCCAGUGGAAAUGUCUGCCAGUAGAAAAAGAUAAUCUCAGCCCAGCAAUGGACAUUGCGCUGAUCUGUGUGUUGGUGGCCUCUGCUGUGGCCUUACUCUCUCUCUGCGUGUCAGUGGGGAUGUUUAGCAGAACGCGGAGGCAGAGAACAGAGCAGAAGGUUUCGCACUGUUCUCUCUUGGGGGAGAACCAACACCUGAAACUGCUGUCAGCUUUCAGCCAUCCCCAUCACUGAACUACCCCAAGGCAUUAACGUCUACUAACCCACCCCUCCACAGAACUACCCCAAGGCAUUAAUGUGUACUACCACACCCCUUCACUAAACUACCCCAAGGUAUUAACUUCUACUACCCCACCCGUCCACAGAACUACCCUUAGAGGCAUUAACGUCUACUAACCCACCCCUCCACCGAACUACCCCAGAGGCAUUAACGUCUACUAACCCACCCCUCCACAGACCUACCCUUAGAGGCAUUAACUUCUACUAACCCACCCCUCCACAGAACUACCCUUAGAGGCAUUAACGUCUACUAACCCACCCCUCCACAGAACUACCCCAGAGGCAUUAACGUCCACUACCCCACCCGUCCACAGAACUACCCCAGAGGCAUUAAUGCCCCCUUCAGCAACAUACCGCUGCACUGAAUCUACCCACAUGCCUUAGGGUAUGAAAGCACUGAACGGACUGUUGUUAACCUCAUUUGUCCUGGCACAGGAAAAGCAAACAUAUCACAAUAUCUACAGAUACUCAGACUGAUGAAUGCUUGCAGGAGCUGUUGCGGUGGAAAUUCACGUUCUGAGUUUUCAAGCCCACAGACACAGACACAUCAAACACAAGUUUGAAUGUUUUAACCAUUUCAUUUUUUUCACUAUAUCAAUAUGACAGUGCCAAUUAUAUAUCAACGUAACCCAAUUAAAAACAUGUUCUAGCAGAUUUCAUACCCUGCUAUAAGUAGUUGUCAAAUGUCAAGUAACAGUUUCUCAUCCCCAUAAUCCGUAAUUGUCAUGACAGUAUGAUGCUAUGACGGCAUAGUACCACGUCACAGAGAUGUCAUGAUAAUAACACUGUCAAAUCAUUGGACAUCAACUGUUCUGAAACUAAUGACAGGACAGGAGAUGGUUAUGUUGACCAUAUGAUGUAAGUUUAAGUAAAUUGUUACAAUUUUUUGUGGGAUUCCAAUAAUGGUCUAAAUUUUCAUCAGUACUAGCCAGCUGAACGUAAACCGUUUUCUUGUUAGUUCUAGUUUACUUGUCAAAGUUACUCAAAAAAGCCUGUUGUCUUGCCAGCUUUUAUAGUAGUAGAAAACAAUUAUUUAUCUUGUUUUGCACUGUAUACAAAAAUGUAUGUUUCUUGUGUUAGUCCAGUUUAGAUUCUAAUGUAAAGUAUUAUACGAUCAUCGGUCAGCACAAGUGCAUACGUGCAAUGCAUGGUCAAAGCAAGGCUCAUCCAAAGUCCCAGUUACAAAGACUGGAGCCAACUAUAAACACACUGUAACUGCCCCAGUCUGUUUAUAGAUGUAACAGACUGACUGAAGUGACUGAAUGUGUCUACAGAGAAGGUGCAUGCAUCCCCUAUUCAGCAAAUGCAGAACAAGUUACAUUAUGCCUCUCUCCAGCACGUUUUCCUAGGAUUUUCAGCAAUGAUGGAAAAACAUCUGUUCUUGCCUUGGAAGUGUGGUUUUGAUAUAACGAAUAAUGAUCUAACUAAUGAUGAAUGUUCAUUUUUCAGUUGCCUGUGUGCAGAGUAAUGAGCUUGUAUUUUACACAAAACCUUUGAUUCAGUGGUUCCUAAAGUGUGGGGCGACCUAUCUAUUUGGUGAUGAGUUUAUAGCCUACUUUAUAAUGAUAUAAUAUGAUCAGGGCCAACCCUUUAGCCUAUAUGUUAGAAGGAAUAUCUUAACUGCGUCAAUUACCGGCACGCGUCAAUUAUAGGACACUUUCAGCCUUGUCAUGUUUACAUUCACUCUCGUGAGUGACUAUGGAAAGAAACGUAAGCUCCCACAAAAAUAUGGCAUUUAAGCUAUACUUU